AUGGUAACCCCCAAGCCCAUGCUCUGGGCGCUCCUGCUGGCGCUGCUGAGAACCUCGGUCCCCACCCAGCCCCGCGCCUGCAGUGUCCCCGAUGUGCUGCGCCACUACCAAGCCGUCAUCUCCGAGGACCUGCAGGCCGCUGCGAGGCGGGCAGGGCCCGGGGCUGCAGGGGACGGGCCAGGCCCCAGGCAGCUCCGUUUCGCUGAGAAAAACCAGACUGACGCCGUGGCCGGUGGACGCCGGGGUCGGGAGGGGCCCUCCUGUGGUGCCCAGAAGGAGCACAGCGUCAUCGCGGCCAUCGCGGCCCUGGGCCGGGCCCUGCGCAGAGCGGUGGCGGGGGCGCCCCGCGGGGCCCUGGAGCGAGCCGCCUGGACCGUGGCCCUGCGCACCGAGGCGGUGCUGCGGCGCCACUGCCGGCCGCUGCGCCAGCCGAGCCGCCCGGGCUGGUGGGCCCAGCCGCGCACUGGGCACCGGCACCCGCACCGCGGCCGGAGGCGGCGCCUGCUGCGGGCCCUGGAUGCCGUCGCCACCUGCUGGGAGAAGCUCUUUGCCCUGCGCGCCCUGGGCAGCCGGGGCCCCUAG